UAAGAUACAUAUAAGAAUAAGACAAUUAAUCGCCGUGUUUGGAGGCAAGAAGUAUCCAGAUGUGCUGGAAGUGAGUGGUUUCCUGAAGAGAGCCCGCUGUUGCCGUCAGGUCCAUUUAAGCGGAGCGCAUUCCUGCACAGCGCUCACGCAGGGAGGACGGAGCUGCGCUGCUGCCGCUGCCGCUGCGCCGAGACUCGCACCGCCGCGCCGGGGCUGGACGCAGCUGGGACGGAGAGAGCGCAAACACACCCUCCGAAACGAGCUGAAACGACACGCCCGAGGCUUUCCCAGCGCGGGGCUCGAGGGAGCGGACGCAGCGAUGUCGGAGUUUCUGCUGGGGCUGCUCGGGGAGCGGCUGGUGGACGGAGAGAAAGCCGAGGUGGACGUGCAGUCUCUGGGCAGCAGGCUGUCGCUGCUCGGGCUGUUCUUCGGCUGCAGCCUGAACGCGCCCUGCAAGCAGUUCAACGGCAGCCUGUGCGAGUUCUACAGCAGGUUCAAAAAGACGUCCGAGCACAAGGACAAAUUGGAAAUCGUCUUCGUUUCGUCCGACCAGGACCAGAAACACUGGCAGGACUUUUUGCAGGAGAUGCCGUGGCCUGCGUUACCUUUCAAAGACAGACACAAAAAGAUGAAGCUGUGGAACAAGUACAAGGUGACGAGCGUCCCCUCUCUGGUGUUUGUGGACGCAUCUACAGGAAAGAUCGUGUGUCGAAAUGGUCUUCUGGUCGUCAGAGAUGACCCGAAAGGCCUGGAGUUUCCCUGGGGGCCAAAGCCGUUCGCAGAGGUGGUGGGAGGGCCUCUGCUCAGGAACAACAGGCAGACAGCAGACAGCAGCUCUUUGGAAGGACACUACGUGGGAGUGUAUUUCUCUGCACACUGGUGUCCACCGUGCCGCAGUUUGACCCGGGUCUUGGUGGAGUCCUAUCGAGCGGUCAAAGAGUUGGGUCAUAAGUUUGAGAUUGUGUUUGUCAGCGCUGACAGGUCAGAGGAGUCCUUUAAGCAGUACUUCAGCGAGAUGCCGUGGUUGGCGGUGCCAUAUUCAGAUGAGGCUCGGCGAUCACGACUCAACAGACUCUACGGAAUACAAGGUAUUCCCACGCUGAUUCUGCUGGACGCGGAGGGUCGUGUGAUCACGCGACAGGGCCGGGUGGAGGUGCUGAACGACCCGGAGUGCCGGCUCUUCCCCUGGCACCCCCGGCCCGUGCUGGAGCUCAGCGAGUCCAAUGCCGUGCAGCUCCACGAGGGGCCCUGCCUCGUCCUGUUUGUCGACGCUGAGGAGGAGGGUGAGCUGGAGCCGGCCAAGGAGCUGAUUCAGCCAAUAGCCGAGAAGCUCAUGGCCAAGUACAAAGACAAGGAGGAGGAGACACCGCUGCUGUUCUUUGUGGCCGGAGAGGAUGACAUGAGCGACUCCCUACGAGACUACACUAACCUCCCAGAGGCAGCGCCUCUGCUCACUAUCCUGGACAUGUCGGCCCGUGCGAAGUACGUUCGUGACGUAGAGGAGAUCACGCCGGCUGUAGUGGAGCAAUUUGUCAACGACUUCCUUGGAGAAAAGCUCAAACCAGAGCCCAUCUAACGAGAGGGCCCCCUGCUGAAAUUGGACAUGCUAUGUGGGACUCGCUCCGUCAUCCAACCUCACACUCGCCUGCACCUCACUCAAACCUUCCCAGACUCCCAUGUUCUCACCCACCUCCCCCUCCUGACUAUUAAAGAAAUGUCUCAUUUUUACUGACAUUUUAAACUUUUUUUUUUAAUACGUUUCUAUCUUCAUUGAGUUCUCUCUCUAUCUCUCUAUCUCUCUCUCUCUCCUGUGGUGCCUUGCAUUGACAAUAGUCCAUACAGUAAUAUAUAUGGAGAUUCUGUUUUUGUCUUCUUUUUUUUUUUUACACACUAUAGUAUUUCUGAAUUCUAGAGAAAACCCUUGGACCUAAUAAUGAAGCCGAUUCUUUGCUUUCUGCUUUGUCUGCAAGAGCCGCGUUACUCUUGGUUUCUGAACGAUACUGAGGAAGAAUAAUAAGUGUUUUUGCAGAUGUAAUUCACAUGUAGUGGAGGUGGUUUAGACCUCGGUUGGAUGUCGCUGUAAGCAUAUUUAAAUAAAAGAAACAGUAUGACAGGUUCACAUGCGGUGAAAAGCACACUGCCUGCUUGUACCAGACCAAUGGCUGAUGUUUUAAAAAAAACCCUGUGUUUUGUUGUGUGUGCUGUGAUGCAAGUCAGCAGUCAUCUCUAAGCUGUUGUUGAUGGUGGUGCUCAUCUCAAGUCGUUACGAGGAUUUUCUGUGAAGGUCCCAACAUGGAAAUAGGCUAGGUUAUUUCUGGAGGCACAAAAAUGGUAUUUUGAGAAGUGUUGAAUGUAUAAAUCUCUAUAUUCUGUUACUUCAGUCAUGACUUCUCACAUCCAUUAAAGAAAAAUGUUCACUGGCAAGCACAAAGUUUUGUUGCUGUUAAGAUUUAUCAAUAAAGUUAACUCUUGGAUA